AUGGAAAACGAUGUAAUCACCGAUGAGCAGAUAAGUUUCUCGUCCCAAGAAGAGAAUGACGCAAAAAUUGUACGAUUACAUCACACAGGGACGACUUGGGUAGCUGAUAGGAAGGAUUCUAAUCCGUGGCUUCAGCUCGAUCUCAGAGCUCAAAACACUGAAGUAACACGAGUAGCAACACAGGGAUCCCAUCAACAUAACAAAUGGGUGAAGAAGUACAAGCUACAAUACAGCAACUAUGGAGUGAGAUUUCAAAACUACAAAGAACAAGGACAAACCAUAUCAAAGGUAAGACUGAUCAGAGGCGUGGAAGGGUUCUAAAACAUAAGCUGCUCAUUGUACACAAAACCAAGUUCAUUCCAUAAUUCAAACUUCCCAAUACGUUCUUUGAGUAGUUUGUUAGGACAAACAGUCCUCUUUACAAUCAGAUUAGCUUCGUUUCUCAAUUUGUUACGAUGCAUGAGUCAGCAGUUGUUCUAGAAAAUUGCGACGAUGUAUUAAAAUUUCAUAUAUUUACCAUUUUCAUUUUCAUCUAUCCAGUUUUUGAUUAACCUUAGAUAGACAUUUGUAGAAAAAGUUCGACCCAAUUUUACCGUUCGGUGGUAUAGUAUGAAUUUCAUGAAUCAAAUCGCUCGUGAGAUAUUUCACUGUUUACCCAACGAAAAUAUUGCAUAAUAUAAUUAUAUAAAUUUUAUUUUAAAAUUUUUUAUGUAAACAGGGCGGGCACGUACCGCGCAUUUUAAACAAAAACAUUUAUUUCACAUCUUUUAUGGUACAGGAAUUUAAGGGAAACACAGACAAGAACAGUGUUGUUUAUCACGACCUGAACCCACAAAUCCCAGCAAGGUACAUACGUUUUCUACCCGUGGAGUGGAAUGACGAGAUAUCAAUGAGAGUGGAAUUGUAUGGAUGCGUCAAAGGUAAGGAAAAUAGCUUUCAUCUAAAGCUGAUAAUCAUUGUAUCUAAUCGGCUUAUUAAAUAAGCUGAACAAUUGAGACUGUUAUGUACUGAAUCUAAUUAAAGAUCCUCUGGUCAGGAAAAACUAGAUAAAGGUAAUGAAAGUUAGAAGUUAAAUCAGCCAAACCAAAAUCGUAAGUAAAUAUCAAAAGCAUUGACUGGUGUGUCCAGAAAUUUCUUCUAAAUUUCAAUCGUCGAAACUAUAGGCAGUUUUCUUCUAAUAAGCUUGAGAAAGAAAAGGACUCCGCAUUACAGUUGAUCUGAUCAUAGGAGCUCUUUAAAACUAUUCAUUUCGUUAAAAGUUUAUGCAACCAUGUUAACAACAUUUUUGAGCUCAAUGUAAUCUACGGUACAUUAAUUGCUUCAUGAUCUCAUAGCUGCUUUCAAUUCGCUGCCGUAGAUAACUUACAUUUGUAAAACGCCUGCUAACCUUUCGUAAACAGAAUGUGGAAGAUUUCUCGGCAUGCAAAGCGGUGAAAUCUCUGACGAACAGUUAAGCACCUCUUCAGAGAGAGACUCUAACCACUCCGCCACUCAGAGCAGACUUCAUGUUGUAAAUCCUGACAGAGGGGGAUCUUGGGCAGCUAAAAAUAAUAAUACGGAUCAGUGGCUCCAAGUUGAUCUGGUUAUUCUGCACACUAUAGUGACACGUGUGGCAACACAAGGAAGUAAUGGACCCAAGAGGGAGUGGGUUACAAAGUACAUCCUGCAGUACGGCAACGAUACAGAAAUGUUCUACAAUUACACAGUCCCAGAACAAAACACAAUGAAGGUAAAAUUGGAUGAUCAUUGGCAGGGGUCUUGCAAAUGCACCGCCAGUAAUAACUGUAUAAUGUUGGGCCCCCUUGAGGAACGAUUAGAGGACUGGUAUAUGAAUCAGUUGGAGGACUGUUUUCACAUCGUAAUAACUGUUAUUCAUAAAAUUAAUUCUUAUCAAAGAUUUAAUGGAAAACCUCUUAUGUUGUUAAUUCAAAGGUUUUUGCUGGAAACAUUGAUCAGAAUACCGUGGUUUAUCACGACCUAAACCCGCCAAUCACAGCGCGAUACAUUCGUUUUAAACCAGUGGAGUGGCAGGACUGGAUAUCAAUGAGGGUAGAAUUGUAUGGCUGUGUACAAGGUAAGGCCUGAAUGACAAUAACGAUUGAGAGGUACCUCUUGUAACGAGUAAUUUACACCAGAUAAUGUUUCAUUUCCUGUUCAAAAGCGAGCGCUUGGAUAUUGUUUACUGUGUGUCAUCUCAAUCACAAUCGAGCUGCUACACGUUGACGCGAGUUUUCUGGACCAAUAACAGGGAGAAGAGAGGUAAAAAACCAAUACACUCCUGGAAAACUUGUUGUAAUCAUUUGAAAAUUGCUCUACAUAGUAUUAUUCAAUUGAAUCACCAGCUUUGGUCACAUGAAGUUCCUUCCUUCUUCACUCUCCUCCUUUCACUGUCACGUGUCAUCGCCGAACCACAAACUGGAAAAAUUUGACGAGAAAAACUACUCUAAUUGUGGGAAUGGGAAGGAAACCUUGUCUUCUCUUGAGAUUUUUAGAUUCCCCAACAACAAAACCUCGUGAUGGUUCAAUCGUACCGUUUAUGAAAGUAUCAUGUCGGUAUUCAAAAACACCAUUUUGAUUCAGGUCGGCAAUCAAUAUGUUAUUGUCGAAUGUAAUCUUUAGAUGUAAUGAAGUAAGUCAAUGCCCGACUAUCGAGGAUUUCUACUUUCUAAAAAUACAAAAACGAGCAAGCGUCGAAAAAUGCACAGUACGACUUGUUCGAACACUCCAAGUGACUGACGUUUCUAUUCCAUUCUUUCGGUGAUUCAAUAAUUUACGUAACUUUCAAAAACUCAUUAAUAAUUCAUAAGCCUAUUAACCUAUCAAAAGGUAGAUAAUACAUCACGUGAAGUGACUUUAUAUCGAUAAACCUCAUCCUUAUUAGUAUGCGGUGUUUUAUCAGAUAUAAAGACACUGCACGUGACUUAUGAAUAUUAAUUAAUUAUCAACACAGAAACUGACACAACAAAUGGUGGGAACAUAUUUAAUGUUCUUUCAACAAAUUUCACACAGUAAAUUUACUUUUGCACCAAAUUAAUAGUACAGUUGUGAAAUACACAUCUGGAAAAUUCUCUAUUCCAUUAGUACAGUAAUCUGGUAAAAGCAUAUUAGACAAUACAUCAUCUGAAACUUCGAAUUCAAGAUCAUGUUUUUCUCGUAUGCUAAUUUCUAACGUUCACAAAAGCAUAAUUGUUAUGAACUCUCUUGACACACGCUUUUCCAAGAAUAUUUUUGAAGCCGUUCAAAAAACUCGCAGCACGUGUUUUAUCGGGUCAAAAACCCGAUAAAACACUCCGGCUCGUUUUUUAAACAUUACAUAAUAACAUUUCCUCGGUAAUAGUACCAUUAGAAAUGGCAAAGAAAAUUUUGACAAUUUCUUGCCAGCAACAUUACUUUUAUUGUAUGGUUUUAUGCAGGAUUUACAGCUGUGUUUACAAAUCUUGGUAAGAUUGGAUCAGAGGGUCCAACGUCGAUUGGUAGUCAUUACAAAGAUCAAGACCAUAACGGACAAGUAACAGUGUCCAGCGGUAUUCAAGUGUGGACUGUGCCACGCAUUGGUGAAUACAGAAUAGAAGCAAUAGGAGCCUCAGGGGGGUUCAGUGAGGACAGUAUCAUAAAAACCGGAGGAAGAGGGGCACGAAUGAUUGGAAACUUUAAUUUGGCCAAAUAUGAGAUCAUUCAUGUACUUGUUGGUCAAAAAGGGGGAAAAGGGAAUUCAAACCCAAAAACUGCCGGAGGUGGAGGAGGUACAUUUGUAGUGAAAGAAAACAACAAGUCUUUGAUUAUAGCUGGAGGUGGAGGAGGAAUUAAGAAUAUAUCGGAACAACAUCCAGGAUGUGAUGCGUCCUUAAACACAACAGGGAAUGGAGGGUAUAACUUUCCAUUGGGUUCAGGAGGAAGCAACGGAAAUGGAGGAAAGGCCAGUACAAAAUAUUCAGGUACGCGGAGAAAGAAGAAAAAUCCAAACAAUCAGUAGGUUCAAUCCAUAAUGAAAAGAGGACCACAGUAAGAUUUAUCAGAACUUAAUUAUUGAAAUUACUAAUUCUAACUUUGAAGUUCUUCUUUUCUCGGAGGCACCUCUUAGAAUAUCAAACGAAUAAAGGGGUAAGUUUUUAAAGAAACUGUGGUACUGCGUCGGUGAGAGAGUAUAGCAGGUAAUUUAGUGUUAACAGCUGAGUUGAAAACGUAAAUUAGCCACCGUAAAGGGUAAAAAAGCUGACGUUUCGAGCGUUAGCCCUUCGUCAGAGCGAUUGACGAAGGGCUAACGCUCGAAACGUCAGCUUUUUUACCCUUUUCGGAGGCUAAUUUACGUUUUCAACUCAGUUGCUAACAUUAAAUUACCCUCUUAGAAUAUCAGUUUUCUAAAAAAUCCUAAGUGUGCAUUCCUCGUGUACAUUUCUUUUGUCCUGACAAGCUGUUCAAUUUCUAGCAGUUGACUACCCAAUAAUAUUUUUAAAUAAGCUUCUAAAAAUUGAGAGAAAAUUGAUAAUAUUGCGAAUCGUCGUUUAAACUUUCUCAAGUAAGUAAUCAAAUAGAAGCCAUUUAUGAGACAACUGCUUCUCACUUUUCGUUUAUUAUAGGUGGCGGCGGCGGCGGCUUCUACAGUAAUGGACAAAGUGCUUCGAGCAGUUCUGGUCGAGGAGGUAAAGGAUAUCUUCAAGGAGGAGAGGGUGGAAAUGGUAAGGGUGGGUUUGGAGGUGGCGGUGGUUUACGUGGAGGUAACCGUGGAGCUGGAGGCGGUGGAGGUUACUCUGGAGGAAAUGGUGGAGCUAAUGAACAGUUUUCUUGUGGAGGAGGGGGUGGAUCUUUUAACAAUGGGACAAAUCAGCAGAAUGACUGUUGUUUUAACAGGUAUGAACAUGGUAGAGUGAUCAUCACGUUUCUUCAGUGACAUGCCCUUGGCAGCACUUUCUCUAACGUGUAAGGCUAAUUCUGUUCUGAAGGCUGAUUGUUGUUAGUCUUUAAACUCAGGAAUUGAAUAAUAUUUUGUUUAAUGUUCAAGGUCAGUUACUGAGCGCUUUAAGGUGUUGGCCAAACGGUGCAACCUGAGGAAUUAAAGUCAUUUGUUUUUGAGUUCAGAUUUUAGAUUUACAAACAUAGUUUUCUAGAAUAUUUUUUUUUGUAAACAUCUCCUGACGUAAGGAUCACGUCUCCCUUAAAAACUGCUGUUUUUGUUCUUUUUCCGGCUCUUUUCUGAGCAAUUUAUCAGAUGGACAUGUGCAUCAAUUGAGAACUAAUUAACAAAUAACAUGCAGGUGAUGAGGACUAGUAAGUAUUUUGUAGAGAAAAUGUUGUGAACAUAGUCCUUAAUAUUUUUCUGCACUUCAAUCAUUACAUAUAUUUAAGAAUGAUUUUCAAUUGACUACGAGGGUUUAUCGAUUCAUUUUUGUUGAUUAAGUCAAAACCAAACUCGAUUUUCAAUUUUAAUACGAUCAGUUAGACCCAGUAUCCUGUUUUUCCGGCCGCUCUUUGGGCCGACUGAUUGCAUUUUUUCGCAUGACACAGAUUGCAGUUUUACUGCCAUUGGCGCUGAUUACAAAUUAUCAAAAAACUUUUAUUUGAUUUGGGAUUUGUAUGGCCUCAUUUGUUGAUUAUCAACAGAAUCCUCUAUUUAUAAAUAUUUUACCUUUGUUCUGGUUUUACAAUAAUACUCUUGAUUCAAUGUUUCAAAGCUUUCAGUAACACCUUAGGUUGGAAAGAUCCGGACAGUAGAAAAAGAGGGCCGAAAUAUGGUGGCGAGGGCACAACUCUUACGCUUUGUGGUUUCACUGAUAAAUCUCAAUGAUUCGGUCUCGUUUCUCGAAAUACGUGAAAGCAAAAGUAAGGAUGGGAAUCAAAUAUUAUGUCAUUCUUCGGUGUCCACGUCCAUUCAUUGGACUGGGAAUACUGAUACGCCUACAGAGCGAACUGGUGCCGUAAUAAUUGGUGUUAUAAUAGAGUGUGUGACCAAAAAGGCUCUCAGUCUGACCACUGAUCAGGGCUCACACUGGAACAGAAUUCUUUUGAUAGCUUUCGCUGGAACUGUAAGUUAGAUCGACUAUGUGACGAUCACGAACAUAGUCGUAUCUUGGUUGAUAUCAUCAAUUUAUAAUUAGUCAUUAAAUAACAGGCAAGGAAUUAGGACUAGCUAGUCUUUUAAAAAGAAACUAUUGUGAAUUCAGUUCUUCAGAUUUCAUGUGUUACAUUAGAGGAACGCUUUUCAAUUGACUGUAAGGGUUUAUCCUUUAAUCAAUUUGUUUUUUCUUUGUCAGCUCAAAACAAAAAGCAACUUACAAUUUUCAUUCUCACAUUUAGACCCAGUAUCCUUGUUUCUCUUCCCUUUGGGUCGUAUUUUGCUACGCAUGACACAUACGGCAUUUUUUUACCGCGACCGGCGCCGGUUGCAAACUAUUCGCGAAAAGUGUGUUUUAUUAAUUUGUAAUACGUUUGGUAUCUUAUGGUUUUUAUCAUUGGAAUACGUCAUUUUUUUAUUGUUUUAAUUUUUGUUUUUUGAUUCCCAGUCAAUUGAAGAGGGUUCAGCCUCACCUCUAGCGGAAUCCUGCAAAGUGACUGAAAAAAAUGGCCCAGGGUUGAUGCCAAAUCGUCGAUGUAGCCAAUUUAUGUGAUGGGUUUUUAGAUGUUGAUUAAUUAAGAGGGGACUAACAAAUUCUAAAAUGAGAUUCAGUCAUUUAAGUUCUGUUUCCCUCUUCAGAAAGUAGGGCAUAAAAGCGGUUAAAUAUGCCAAGGUGAUGACACGUUCAAGUUUCCGCAAAACAUUAUUUACUUGUUACAUUGAUAUGUUUUUGUCAACAUUUAGAAUAACUUUUUAGGAGACUCUUGAGCUCUUCUACAUAAAAAGGAAGAGAAACGUGUAAUUUUAAUAACAAUUAUUAUUUCCAAGUCUUCAGUCAGUAGUGUCAAUUUAUAUUACAUUAUUUUAAAAAUCAAUAAAUUGAUUCCUAAAUGUCAGUAAUGGAUCUUUACUUAGUUUCACUUAAGUUAUAACUAAGUAGCACUGAUUGUGAACAAAGUUAUUAGGGGAAAGAACGUGGAAAUAUGUUUCACCGAGAAAACGAGAAACCUCAAGUUCACCAGAUCUUCGUUUUUGGUUUUUGGUUUUUUUGCUUCCUUAUCCUUUCAGUCUCUUCUCCUGCCUUACUUUCUAAACCUUCUCAACUUUGCCUCCCUUGGUUAGAGACGGAAGACUCACCUACGAUUCACAUCUUGACCCUUUUUCCAUAAAAUUAUACCAAAGCCCUUUCAGAUCCCUAAAAAAGUGUAAUUCGGGGCUUUAGUUCUUUCAAGCCGAAGUCAAAAUACACUGUAAUAUUCGUGGAUUUUGUCGUGUGUGGUUAUAUAAAAACUUGUCAUGCGGAUGGGGCUAAUUAUUCGCUUGCACAGUUUGAACACAACUGAAACGAGUCGGUUCCUAUGGUGACAAUCUCCUUCAGAAAGGAAGUGAUAAAUGUUUCGCGAUAAAAAAUCCAACUUUGCUCAAAAGGUCUUUAAAAAGAGGGGAAGUGAAGCAUAGACGGGGUUUUUCAUCACCUUGGCCCUUGUCCGUCAACCUUCCCUGUACAACAGACUGAUACGGUCUGAAUUAAAGGCGGCGGGGGAACAAAACUGGUCUCACGAAAUAAUUUAAAUCCAUCUUUGACGUUCCAAAAAUUUCGGGUCAGUAAUAAAACGGUCGUCUUUACUAUUCGAUCAAGUGUGGGCGGACAAGGAGAGCGUAUAAACAUUUGAUGAACAGUCUUCAUGUAGCUUUGCGCUAUAUGUUACACUUGUUCAGACAUAAUUAAGUCAGAAUGGAAAAAAUCUUAAAUAACAACUUCCUCUGUGCAACUGAUUAAAGGUCAUUAAUAUGAAUUAUGUAUAAUUGACUUUCACCAACCAACUACAUUCCAAAGAAAAUAAUUAAGUUUUGGCAACCAAAAACUCACUGUAGCUGUUUGCUAAAAUUAAAAAAUUAAUCAAAAUUAAUUGCUUUGUUUUUCUAAGAACAAACUCUGUAUUCUAUUGCUUCGUUCUCACUGUUUUGGCUUCACUAAUUCCAGGAGGACAAGGUAAGAUUUUCCUAGAGUCAUGUCUUAUCAAUAGUCUGAGUAAUAUUUUAAAGUUUACUAAGAGUUUUUUAUUACUUUUUUGUUAUCUUUAUUAACCUAACAAGGCCUUGAAAUAUUCGCACAAGACUCUUCUCCUAGUAUUGGUAUAAUGAAUCAUUUCGUCUAAAUGCUCGCAAUAAUACUGGAUAACAAAUACGUUUAACAAGAGGUUCGUGAAUAUUUUGUCAUUUUGCUACUCAAUUUUUUGAAGUAAGAUGAAUACAAACGGAUGAAGUUUUAGGGAAAAAGUUUUAGGAGAAACCUACAGCGAAAGUUUGCUUUAGAGUAAUUACUUGCGUCUCUGCAAUCUGUUCAUGAACGUUUAACAUAACAGCAGUUAUCUAAACUUUUCGCCGAAACAUGUUACAUGUAAUAAAACGUGGCUCUUUGCCACAAAUUGGCUCUAAAGUUGAUCUUAAGCUUUUCUCAAAUUUCACAAAAAUGUAAAUCAGAAGAUUCUUGUAUUUCCGGUUUAAAUCACUUGAACGUAUCCACAAUAGUUUGUAUGCUUUUCAAUUGAUGUACCCUAAACGGCAUGAAUCUUAGAAGCUUUUUAUAAGCUGAUUCUUCCUACGAGUGUUGGAUAUCGAUAAGAUGUCUACAUGUAUAACUGAUUUGGAUAAUUACCAAUUUUGUAAAACUCGUAUCGAUUACAUUUUUUCGCAAAGAUUGGUAAAAAAAGGCUUUUUCUGUCUUUGUUCAGAGUGAAUAAAUUUGUUUUGCCGCGAGAAAGAAAAAUAAAAUUAACAAACAAAGAAAACAGAAGAGAGCAAAAAAGAAACUAUUCCAAAUAUAUUUGUCUCCUUGUUUUAGGCAGAAUAAUAAUCUAACCUGCACGAAGCGAUAACGUCAUAGCAAGUAAAAUUAAGAAAGUAUUCACAUUGUUAGACAACAUCUGUCGGCAAGUCUUGUGUGGUCAGUAGAUUUAAUUUGGAAUCACUGAAAAACUGUCAUGAAUAAUUUGCCACAUAGGUGGUUUGAACGAAAAUUAAAAAAAACAGAACCAAAAAAACUAUUCCAAAUAUAUUUGACCCCUUGUUAUAAGCAGAAUAAUAAAUUAACCUGCAUGAAGCGAUAUCGUCAUAUCAAGUAAAAUUAGGAAAAUAUUCACAUUUUUAGACAACAUCUGUCGGCGAGUCUCAUGCAUUCAGUAGAUUUAAGUUGGCACCAUUGCAGAAACAUAACGGAAACGAACAACAGCGUAAACGUCCUGACUUAAAUAUGACGGAAACAUGACUUGACAUUUCUGUUCCGGAAACAUGACGAAAACUUGAUAGAAUCGCCAAGACUUGGUAUCACACGUUUCUGCAGAACGUAAUGUAGCGGAAACAUGAAGCUCUAUGUUUCUGUCACAUUUAAGAAAUGCGGAAACGUGGAAUUUCAUCCUGUGUCAAGUGCGAAUUAUUGGAAAAGUCUUAUGACAAUAGAUGGUUUGUUUCUCGGCUACUAGGUAAAGGUUCGUUACCAACGUGAUCUACAACUGAGCCAUGACAGUAGGACUGAAAUCACUUUAAGAGCACCUGGUAAGGGUAAUUAUCUUCCUCGCUAUUUGGUUCUGAAGUGUUUUUGAAUUGGGUAGAUUAGUUUUUGAAUAUAGACUUUGAGUCGCAGGGAGCUCUGUCCGCUCCACAAUAAAGUUGUCAUAACUCAUGGGCAGUCCUGUGGUCAGUUAAUGUUAUGAAAAAUGCCUGAUUAUGAUUAACAAAUUAUUAUUAUUAUGAUGACAAAUUUCAAAUUUAAGGGAAGCGCGAUAAAUUUUUCCGAGAAUAGGAAAUGAAAUUUGAUCGUAGGCGCCAAGGACCGGAAACUAUCCAUCCGUGUUAUUAACAUUUGUCCUCAAAAAGAAUCAAGAAAAUGUUGAGUGCACAAUAAAUAAGAACGUUAAGUUUCAUUUGAGGUCUAAAAGGGAAAAGAAUAUGAAGAAAGUAGUUUUAAUUCUUCGACCUGUAAACAAAUUGGACUUAAGUAAUAGAGGGCUUUUUUCGUUUGCACGACUUCAUCUACUCAUGAAGGAAAUUGGAAGUAUUCGUGGAGCCGGUUAUGCAAACCUUCCGAUGUGUCUCAGGGUUGCUUAACUUCCAAAGAUAAGGCUAGGAAAAUACUUGAAAGAUAUGUCUCAAAAAUAUGAGUGAAGAUAAAAAGCCACUUCCUAUCAUCGUAGCACACCUUUCUAUUAACAAGAGCGUACGUAAUAUCUUAGCUUCACUCCAACAGAUAAUCUUCCUUGUAAACCAAAGUUUAACAAGGAACUAAACGAAAUCAGAGACGAUGAUAUAUUUGAGCAACGUAUAAGCUGCUACAUGCGACAUAUUUUUGGCGGGUAGGUUGGCACAGUUUCAUGCUCUCACCACGCAAAAACGUCUCUUUUUGAGGGAGAACACCAAAUGUAUUGUGCCUUACCAGAUGGUUCUCCCAUUUUGUAAUUCAGGCUGACAUCCCUACCAAAGAUACCACCUUUAACUAAAAUCAUCUGCGAGAAGAAAUCAAUUUAAUACCAAGAGAUCCAACUCAAUACUUAAUUCUCUUGAAGAAAUGUUCUUAAAACUGAGGGCUUUAAUGGACAACGCUAAACCUGAAAACAGACCCGUUAUCCAGUACGCAGCUGUCCACAAGUUUUGUGUUUGUGUUAAUUCAAACCAAAAGCGUUUUCGACAUGUCUCAAAAAAAGUGAAUCGAGAGGAUAUUCAAAACUAAAUAGAUCGUCGCUCAAAUUCAUCACACAGAGGCCAAUAGAGUAGCACUGUAAUCUAACUCUUCUUUCGCUGAAAGAAUACCACGAAUUCGAAGAGAAUCAAAUUCAACUGGUGGAAAAUUAAUGUGAUUUGAAUCUUUGACCAGUUUACGAAUAUUUGUGUUCAUACAAAAGAAACAUCACACCCUAAACGAAUGCCUUUUACAGAGUUUAACUUUUGUUUCGAAAACUCUCUAAUUUUUAGAUUAUUCUACAGCGAAUCAUGUUUCUCUUUUAUAAGUUUAUGACAGAAAGGGGGUUUCUAUUCUAAUUGUCCACUGUUCUCAGUCAGCCUUAGGAAACAAUUUUAUUCACUGAUGUUCAUUACCAGCAAUGCGAGUCAUAUUGCGUCUCAAAUACCGUACGUCAAUCAAAGAUUACUUUCAAAAUGGCUUCCCGAAGAUACAAAGAAAUGUAUGGGAUCUGAAAUAAAAUCUUAUUUUUUGGCAGUUUAAAUAAAUUAAAUUCUACGUGCCGACCUCUCGUUGAUAAAUAAUAUGCAACUGCACUACGAAGCGAAAGUUUUUUCACCGUUUCGUUUAUUCGUCGAGCCGCGGAAUAGAGGUAAAAUAACAAAGAUCUUCGGUUGUACUUCCUUUAUAGUUUCAUCCAAAUACCUUCACUUACCUUCACUUCCAUGCUUUGAGCUGUCCGUGUGUUUCAUGCUUUCAUCGGUGCCGACCCUCAAAAUUUUCUUCAGUUUACGAUCUUUCAAAUACGUUAAAUAAAGCCUUCCAUGAUAAAAUAGGAGGCCGCAAAUCAAUCUUGAAAAUAGGGCUUUUUCACUAUUAGACGUAACCUUUACCUGAGCUCGCGAAUGUCCUGUAGGACGCGAAGAACGACCACUUUCCAUCGUUUUCUUCGUGAAAAAAGUCGCCAUAUUUACUUCAGCUUAGCAGCCUAGCAUUUCCACGCUUUUUACCGCUGUUUUAACAAUCUGCAGACUCCUACAAGCGCCAAAUCGCGCCAAUUAUAAAAAACAAAACUUGUAUCACUGUGAGCUCAUUCCAGUCUGAAUCGUCAAAAAAUGUCUGAUGUUUUGCUCGAUUUCGAAAAGAAAUCCCUAGAAUUUCAACUUAAGGUCACUGAAUCUCCUCUUUCUUAUAUAAAACAGCAAUGCGUUCAAGAAUCUCGAAUAGCUCUGGCAAUAUACAUCCCGUAUCCAAUUUUGAUGAAAUGGCAUGAGCUUGUUGGAAUAAAAGACGAGAGAGGAAAUGAGUUAAACUACAUUGAAAUGCAACUGAUGCGCUCUGUAGUCUUUCCACGGUAACAGUGGGGUUGCUGUAUGCCCUAGAAAGUUUUUAAUGCAGAAAACAAAACAUAAGAUUGGAAUCGAAAACGUGUUACGGUUAAGACGAUCAAACCAUCUUCUAUAAUGAAGCUCACAUUUAAGCUUAAAAUCACCAUCGAAAACAAACUAAAUAUACCUGAUAAGAUGCUCAUUCAAAUGAGCCGAAGGCUCCCACGUGCUUGUCCACAAUGGCCAGUCCUUCCAUUUUACUAGGUAUUCAAAGUCCUGAAAUUGUCAGAGAUUGAUUAGAGCUGUUUAUGAACUUACUUCGAUUGUAGUAUAAAUUUCAUCCGAAGUAAAAUAUAGCUGCAGGAACAUAAAAGGGUCAAUACACAUACCUCGUUCUUCAAUCUUCGCCGGCUGAUAAGUCUCUCCACAAAAUAAACUUUAGAUCCGCUUUUAAAUUUUCUCCUUCCUUUCAAAUGAACUUCUAAAUCCACUGUAGAAAGAACAUUUAGUGCUUUAUAAUCAACUCGAUUCCUCCGCGGAAAUCUACUUCGCUCCAUGUUUACAUGAAAUCUGACGCCAUAGCGCAUGAACAGUAGAACCUGAAGAAACUACUGACCUCGCGGACCGCGGGAGUAAAAUGUCUCGGAUUGCUGGUAAUGUGUAAUACCGGCCCGUACCUCUCACUGAAUUUCGUUUUUCAGGAAAAAUGCUGUGGAUAUUUCGUUAUUUUCUUGUCUGUGUUUCGGUCACCAACCCUGUAAUCGCUGAGGAUCAAUGCAGGGUAGAAAUUAACAUUCGUGGCAUGGCUCUCAAAGGUUUCGCUUUUAAGAGAAUGGCGGUAGCGGCUCCUCACAUUUGUAAUAUCUUAUGUGAAAGGGAAAUUAUCUGCCAGAGCUAUAAUUUCAACAGAAAAGAACAGAUCUGUGAAUUAAACAACCGCACAAAGGAUGCAAGACCCGAGAAUUUCCGCUCAGACCCAGCGUGCUUUUAUAUUCACCGUUUAAACGGAAGAGGUAAGAACUUAACAAGCACUUACAGUCCGUGUUUUCCAAUCUCCUGUGCCCUUUGGUAUCAAUUUCUCUAUCAAAAUAGAAAAUUUCAUCCUUUUCUCUUUUCUUUUAAGUUUAAAUAUUUGUUAACUUCCGUUUAAAAAAAAAGCAGCUGUGAUACAUGUAUAAACAUUGACAAAAAAUGAUUGCGUCAUUUCUACAAGAAGCUUAAGGUCAGUAAAGAACUUUGAAGAAUUGGAAGCUCAAACGAAGGGUUUAUGCGAGAGGGGGUCCUGUCUCCCUAGAGGGUUGUGCUUGACAGAACGUUGAAAUAUUUCACAACCAAAGAAGGACAUUCAAGUGAAUGGAAUUCGAGCCUCAUUUUUAUUCUCUCGUGCUUUUCACUUUUUCAUUUCCAUCUGCGCUUACGAAUACUUUAUUUUCAACAUUUUUACCCGUACCAGCUCCCUUGGGUUCGAUACGGGAGUUACCAGCACGUUCAUGCCGUGAAAUAACAGCAAGCGAAGGGAAAGACACCGCAAGCAACAAAUACUGGCUGGAUCCAUCUGGCACUGGGAAGGCAGUGUUGGUUUACUGUGAUAUGAAUUUGGAAGGUAAAUCACAUUUAACCCAUUGUAGCUUUCAUUUUGUGUUUGAGUUGUCGUUUUUUUGUAGCGACCUUGGUUGCUUUAAGAUGUAAAAAAAUCGCACCAGUCCUGAAAACAAUGCAUCGCGCAGUUUCAGCUGUAGAAUAAAAAGAAAAAAAAAUACCCCAAAGGGAAAAAGAAGAUAAGCAAAUAGACAAGGUCAACCACAUUACAUUUUAAUAAAGUUUUGAAAAACAUUCUUGCUUUAAACCCUUUACACCCUAACAUCAGUAUGCAUAUUCUCCAUACUGUUCUCUUUACAUUUACUAAGGUGCUGACAGGGACAAAUUAAGUAUUUGGACAAAUUUCUUAUUAGUAUCAUAACUUUCACCUUUAUUGUGUGUUUUUACGCAGGAUUUACUGCUGUGUUUACAAAUCUUGGUAUGAUUGGAAGGAAGGGACCAGACUCGAUUGGUAGUCAUUACAAAGAUCAAGACCAUGACGGACAAGUAACAUUAUCCAGCGGCAUUCAACUGUGGACUGUGCCACGCUCUGGUGAAUACAGAAUAGAAGCAAUAGGAGCCCCAGGGGGCUACAGUGAGGACAGUAUCAUCAAAACCGGAGGAAGAGGGGCAAGGAUGAUUGGAAACUUCAUUUUGACCAAAGAUGAGAUCAUUCAUGUACUUGUUGGUCAAAAAGGGAGAAAAGGGAAUUCAAACCCAAAAAAUGCCGGAGGUGGUGGAGGUACAUUCGUGGUAAGAGAAAACAACAAGUCUUUGAUCGUAGCUGGAGGUGGAGGGGGAAUUAAAAAUAUGUCAGAACAACAUCCAGGAUGUGAUGCGUCCAUAAACACAACAGGAAAUGCAGGGAACAAUUCGCCUUUGGGGUCAGGAGGAAGCAACGGACACGGAGGAAAAACGAGUGGUCAAUUUGCAGGUAAGCGGAGAAGGAAGAAAAAAAAAACCAAUCAGUUUUUUCAGUUCACCAGGAUAGGAAGACGACAAUAAGAUUUAUCGGCACUUAAUUAUUAAAAUUAUUAAUUUUAACUUUGAAGGUUUUCUUUUCUCGGAGGCACCUCUCAGAAUAUCUAAAGUUCAACUGGGUUUCCAGUUCAGUUUUUAGAAAUCGUACACAUUUAUUUACUGCUCACCAUUGAUCCGUCAAUAUACAUGGGCAUCACUUCAUUACAUUUCUCUUGUCCAAAUAAGCUUUUCUAUUUCUAGCAAUUGACUACCUAAUAAUACUAUUAAAUAAACUUCCAAAAAUUGAGAAGUGCACUUAAUUGAUAAUAUUACGAAUCGUCGUUUAAACGCUUUUAAACAAGUAAUCAAUUUGGAGCCGUUUAUGAGAUAACUGCUUCUCACUUUUCGUUUAUUGUAGAUGGUGGUGGCGGCGGCGGCUUCUACAGUAAUGGGCAAGAUACGCAGUCCCGUAAAAAUGGAGGUCAAGGAUAUCUUCAAGGAGGAAAUGGUGGAUAUGGUAGGGGUGGGUUCGGAGGUGGCGGUGGGUUACGUACAGGCAACGGUGGAGCUGGAGGAGGUGGAGGUUACUCUGGAGGAAAUGGUGGAGCUUAUGAACAGUUUUCCUGUGGGGGAGGGGGAGGAUCUUUUAACAAUGGGACAAAUCAGCAGAAUGAAUGUUGUUUCAAUAGCGAUGAACAUGGUGGAGUGAUCAUCACGUUUCUUCAGUGA